AAGGACAAUACAAAAAAGUACUACGAAGCAGAUCAGUCAAAACAUAAACACCACUGUAGGCACGGGUACAAACGUGACCUUAUUUUGAGGAUUCGUUUGCAUGCCGGUCGGUUCAGAGAUUCCUGAUGUAUUGUAAUUUUGUUUUCGGAUUUUCAAUACGAGGUGCCUGAACUGCAGGAAUCUGCGCAGAGGAUUAGAAGUGCGGAGUCGGGGCCUACUAAAGGCUCCUUUCAUCAGUGGCACUCAGAGCAGUGAGGCAGCAUGGCUGACACUCAUAGUAAAUCCAGUGUUCCAAACGGAGGUAUGGAUGGUAGAGACCUGGUUGAGGGCAGAGUGGGAGAAGGAGAUGCUAACUCAGCCACAGACGCUCAUGCUGGUCAUAACACAGAUUUAAUCCCAGCUUCCAAUGCAGGAGAGGAGGCACAGGACAGAUCCAUGCAUGAGGCAGAGCAAACAGAGUCACCACCAGCAGGAGAAGAGGAGGACACAGACAGCAUGGAUGGCAGCGGCCUCUGCUCCCUUACAGAGGAGGGCGAGGGAGGUGGCCGAAGAGAGAGGGUGAAAGAUGAUGGCAAGAGGGCAGCCAGGAAGCGGAAUCGGCCAAGUGGAGGAACCUUGCGCCACUCCUCCAGCUCUGACGAGGAUGAAGACCAGGAGGUGGAGGAGGAGGAGGAGGAGGAGGAUGAGCAGGCCAUGGAGGCAUGGCUAGGGGCAGAGCUGCAAGAGCUGGAUGGCCCCAAGUGGCGGGCAGUGCCGUCGCUGCGUGCGCGUGAGAUCGGGCGGAACUCGGCGCAUUUCGUGCAGAGGGUGUGCGGCUCACGGGGGCUGGUACAGCGGUUGGAGCUACAGGGGCGACUGGAGCGCCACACUGGCUGUGUGAACACGCUCCACUUCAACCCUUCUGGUACCCGCCUGGCCUCAGGCAGUGAUGACCUGCGUGUGGUUAUCUGGGACUGGGCACGUAGGCGAGCCGAGUUGGAGUUUGACAGCGGCCACAAGAGCAACGUGUUUCAGGCGAAGUUUCUCCCACACAGUGGGGAUUCCACCGUGGCCAUGUGUGCACGGGAUGGGCAGAUCCGGAUAGCCGAGCUGUCAGCCACACAGCGCUGCAAGAACACCAAGCGUGUGGCUCAGCACAAGGGUGCGGCACACAAACUGGCAUUGGAGCCUGACUCCCCUUGCACUUUUCUCUCGGCUGGAGAGGAUGCCGUUGUGUAUGGCAUUGACCUGCGCCUUGACCGGCCUGCCACCAAGCUUGUGGUGGUGAAAGAGGGUGAUAAAAAGGUGGGCUUGUACACCAUUUUUGUGAAUCCGGCCAACACGCAUCAAUUUGCUGUCGGAGGAAGAGAUCAGUAUGUUAGGAUUUAUGACCAGAGAAAGAUAAGUGAAAAUGAUAACGGUGUUCUGAAGAAGUUCUGUCCUUCGCACCUGGUGUCCAGCGAGUCCAAGACUAACAUCACUUGCUUAGUGUACAGUCAUGAUGGUUCAGAGCUGCUGGCAAGUUAUAACGAUGAGGACAUUUACAUGUUUGACUCCAGCCACAGCGAUGGAGCUGACUACCAUCGGAGAUACAAGGGUCACCGUAACAAUGCCACAGUGAAGGGUGUCAACUUCUACGGACCCUGCAGUGAAUUUGUGGUGAGCGGAAGUGACUGUGGACACAUCUACCUGUGGGACAAGCACUCUGCCCGUGUGGUGCAGUUCAUGGAGGGCGACAGAGGAGGAGUGGUGAACUGCUUGGAGCCUCAUCCUCAUCUGCCAGGCAUGGCCACCAGCGGCCUGGACCAUGACGUGAAGCUCUGGGCCCCCACUGCCGAGAACCCCACCAGCCUGAAAGGUCUCAAGGAGGUUAUGAAGAAGAACAAGCGGGAACGUGACGAGGACAGCAUUCAUCAUGGUGACCAGUAUGAUACACAGCUCCUCUGGUUCCUGAUGAGACACAUGAGAAACCGCAGACCUCUAAGAAGUCGGCGUGUGGAAGCUGGAGAGGCCGACACUGAUGAAUCCUGGAGCUCCCCAGAGUCCUCUGAUGAAGAAGACGGGGGUCCUGACCACAUCCAGUGCAUGUCCUCCUGAGCCACACACACAAACACACCCCUCAUUGCCAUAUAUUUAUGCACAUAUGUAUUAGUAACACACUGGUUCACACACUGACAGUAAGAGGCCAGCAACAACCCCACAUAUGGCUUUAUAUGUUUCCACACAGAGUGAGGGAGAGAGGAACAGGCUGUAGUGACCACUCAAAUUUGGCUUUGUACACCACACACAAAUGUGGCUCUUGUGGGGAAAACAUCAAAGAGGAAUUGAUAUUUUUGGUAUUUUUGAGUUCAUAUAUUUUAUGAUACAUACAUGCUUUUGUGCAGACGCACAAAAGUAACCACUUAGAUAUUGCCCACCGACACCAUCAAACAUGCAACCCAGCCUUCAUUUCUACCCGGCUUCAGAUGUCACACUGGAGCAGGACGUUUUAAAAAUGUAACUGUUUGCUGUCGCCUAUCAGCAAAUGCUGAAUUAAAUUACAGUGUUGCACGGCAGUAGCGGAAACAGCUUUCUUUUCUGGUGCAGUCGACGAGAUUAUGGCUUCUUUUGUUCUGCUCUGCUCUUUUGUCUUUUGGACAGUGGCAUCUCGGUUUUGCGUGAUUGCAUAACCUUGGACAAUGUGGACUCUCCAGACCUGGAGAGCAAGUCUAUGAUGAUGAAUGUGGCGAUAUUGAGUGUCCCACUUUCUCGAAACCAGCGUCGCCCUUUUUAGGCUCUUCAAUCUAUCCACCCCCCCUAAACUGCUUUUGUCGCCACCUGGUGGAGGGAGGUAGUAGAAAAGAAGAAAUCAGUGGAACAUUUUGAGCUCAUCUUGAGGGCCAUGAACGAACUCAAACAAAAAGGGCCUUGUCUCCCGUCUGUCCUUUUUUUUUUCUUUUCUAUCACCUGAGGCCAAAAAAACAGGAAGUUGGCUUACCGUGGGGGCCCCACUCCUUGGUCUGACUACAGCCUUAGGCAGGAUAAAGCAGACUCAUAGGGUCCAGUUCCCAAGCUCCAGCACAUCUGUGCUGCUCCUGUUCCCCUCUCCCAGGCUGCUAAGAACACUUUAAUCAGGGAUCUGCUAAUUCUGAGUCUAAGACAAGUGUGUAUUUGGAGACAUGCAAUACUUACUGAUUGUUGAAUUUGCAGAAACCUCCCUGCCCCCUUCGCCCUACAGUUCCUCAAACAAAGGAUUUGGCACUAGAUCUUUUGCACUUAGAUGGAGAAUCCUGGUGAAAACUGAAAGGUUCUUCUUAAAAAUGUAACUCCCCAUGAACUAUUGCCUUGUACUCAACCCACUUCCCAUGAAACUGCACGAGAAAGACGAAUGUAAACACUGUAAAAGCCAGCAGCUUCUGGGCCUCUUCUGACCUAAUCGAAGAGGUCUUUAAGAUGUGCUGUUGUCAAGUUAUUGAAAUGGUUAAGAGAAGUUGUUUCAGAGAGGUUCAUUCACUAUAAGAUCCAUUUCAAGCUUCCAAGAUUUUGCAGACUAACUGCACCAGGUGAUUAAGUGAAGGAGAUGGCUACUUUAUUGCACACAGAUGAACAGUGUCUAAUUCUUGCUGAAAGCAUCUCUAAGCAACAUGUAAGAAUUUAAUGUCUGAGAAUUUCUGCUUUAGAAGCUAAGGGGACCCCCCCUCCCCAUCGUAUAGAUUCCUAGUGUGCAAGAGCAAGACAGGUGGCUUGGGCCUUUACCAUUUGCAUGUGUUCUAAGGAGUCACUUGUUUUCACAAUAUGGGACUGUGGGUAGGGUGGAGGGUGGGCUUGUGCUAAUGGGGACAGCAUUCAGGGUGAAAGGGGAGAUUUAAUUGCCCUUUUCCUUCUUCUUUUCAUGAGGGGAAUUAAGUCCAGUUUUUCUCUUUUUGUAUGAGAAAAAAAGUUAAAUUACUUUGUAUGUAUAUACAAAUAUAUAAAUGUAUAUUACAAAUUAACUGUAAAGAAAUCAUCUUCACCCAUUGUUCUUUGGAAAGAUGUCAGAAUUAAAUUGGUAUUGAUGCAGAGAUUUAUAUUGUAUAAGAAAUACUUUUAAACGUUAGUGGAAACCAAUGAGGAUACGAUAGUUUUUGUUUUCUAAAUGACAUCCUUUAUAGUUGCUGAUGGUAUCAGCAUUACAUUGGAUUAUGUUGGAUUUAAAUUAAUUUCACUCAUUUUUCCUACAGCUCUGUUUAAAAUGUCCCAUCUUCAACCCACAGGUAUAUUUUCCUUUUUCUUUUCCAGAUUUCUUUAUAGGGUUUUGAUCAAUGAGUUCUCCCACUGCUGCCUAAUAUUGUGUUAUCACUUUAAGUUGCAAACAUGUACAACUUGUGCAGUAAAGAAAAGAAAAGGCUGUU